CAGCGCAUGAACAGUGGUAGACAUUGACUAAAUCUAGACAGGAGCCUCCGUGAAGACAAGGAAAACUUGCACAUUCGUUUAUAUCUACAAGUUCAAAGAGCAAAACAUUGGUACAGUGCAGUUCUCCAUAUAAAGGACAUCGAGGGAAGACUGCAUUCCAUAGAUUGGAAUUGAAGAAGAAAAUCGAUCACAAACUAUAAACGGAGACGAUCGACAAUGAUAUAUACAAGAACACGGUCGACACUACAAUGGCAGAUGCAUUUUCUGUGGAUGCUACUGAGCUCUUACUGCAUAAGUCUUCGCUGUCCAAAAUGUCUCCAUAUGGAGUCAAGAGAUUUCUAUGCAUCCUUAGUAAAGUUGCCAUCUAAUCCAAACUGUACUAAUGGAACAUAUGUAAAGUUAUCAGAAGAUAUGAAAAAUACAUGUCCGGAAGUGUCAGAGAAUGACAAAGUGUACAUGUGUGGAUUGAUGAAAGGGAACCUGACAGCAAAUAUUAAACUUUUAUCUAUAGUUGGAAGUUUUGUGACGGUGAAGGGUUCAGUAGUCUUCCGUAACUGUGUGUUUAUGGAGAGGGACGUGGUCUCCGUAGGAUGCCAGGGAAACAUCACCAAACCAAUGGAGAAAGCUCUUCUAAAGCAGCUAGGUCCCAGUAUCCCGGAUGUGACUGUAUCGACAUUUCUUGGUACCUCUUGUCUUUUUUACCCCUCUAUUGGUACCCAGGUAACAUCGUCAACGGAAGGAAACAUUGCAACAACAGGGCAAAAUGGAGAAGGGAGUGAAGCAGAUGGGAUCACAUCGUCGACGACGUCUUUAUUGAAUAUAACGAAAGAGUUAACUUCUGCAACAGAGAUAUAUUGCUCACAAUUCAAAAUAAUUUUGCAUCUACUUUUAAUUCAUACAUGUGUACAUAAACUCAUUACACUGUAAAUGUAAGGCAAACUAGAUGCUGUCAUCAGACAGUGACACCCGCAUGUACAGUGUAGGUGCUUUCCUCUAAAUAUACUCUCCUUCGUACCGGGAUAAUUAGCGAAAAGAUCACAAUAGUUAUUCUAUAAUUUACAAAAACAUACAUGUAUCAAAUUGAGCAUAAAGUGUUCAGGUGAGCAUAUGGCCCAUGGACCUCUAUUCUAAUUUCAAAUAAUAAAAUCAUUACCAGUCUGAACGAAGCAUAAAUUAUUAGCUACCAAUGGUAUAUUAGCAUUCGCAGGAUUGCCUUAUACUCGGGUACACAGUAAUCGGUAAGGCCCAUGGGCCUCUUGUUGAAGAAAAACAUCGUUUUUCGGCCCAUAACUGGUCCCAAUGAUGAACAUGAAAUUUCUAACUCCUUAUCGCAUAUUUCUACUACUUCAAAUGGGAAAGGAGUUCUGGGAACAUGGAACUUUGUAGAAAAACGUCGUUUGAAAACCCUAGUUGGCCCAAAGAUGAAAAUGAAAAUUUCAAAACCUUAUUGCGCAUCCACAGGACACAACAAAUCAAAGUCUUAAAGAUGAUUUGGCUACUGGGUAAAAUGCAAGAUGAGUUCGAAUAAGAAGGAAGUAUGACAGAUGGACGGACAGAAAGGAAAACAGUAAUAUAUCCAAAAUCGUAUUUUAGGAAAUGCGGGCAUAACCACAAUUAUGGACAGAAAUGAAAAGGAACUAUAGAAUUUCUUACUACUACAUGUAGUAUCAUAUCGCGGUUUUCUCCAAAAUGCUUCAGCUUAAGACAGUGGUGACAUCGGUAUGAAAGAUUUUGUGAUUAUAUCUCGAAAACAAUUAAGAUACACAUAUUGACAUAGAGAAAAGCACUUUUGAAACUCGUUUGUAUCUGUUAAAUAAAGUUUUACGUGCACAAUUUCUCAGACACCACACUUGCGCAGAAGGCUUAAUUGAACUUAUCGAUCACUUUUAUCGUCGUCAGUAUGUACCUACAAUGUACAUGUAUACCUGUCUGGAGACAGAUUUUCACAUUUUCGUCUUUCCUAAAACCUCAGUUCUAAUUCAAAUAGGCUGGAUCCAAUAAUUCAAAUUGGAUAUGGCAUCCCAAGUAGGAGACUUACCCAAUUAGGAUAUGCAUGUGUGAAAACUCUCAUUUGGAAUAUUCAAUAUUGAAAACACAUUUACCCAAUAAUUCAUGAUUCCGAUUGUGUAAAAAGAUUUUCAUUUUUCCACUGUAUCAAGAUGUCACCAAUGAUCUUUUACAUUACGUAAAUAAAAUGAUAUUCUACAUCUCUUAAAA